GGCUGCGCAGUUUGCAGACGCUCCCUUGCGCCUCUCUCCAGACCGGGGCAAGUGCUUGCUCGCUUCACUUCCAUUCUGGACGAGGGAAGGUCACCUCUGUGGUGUUCCACAGUUCACUGGAGGUGCUAGUUUUUCCUCUUGACUGACAGGUUUGGGAAGAAAAAGCCAGUGGACUUGGUGGUGUACCCCCUUUGCUCAUCCAAGCAAGAGAUGAUGGAUAUCCUACAAAUGAGCUGAUGCAAUUGAAAGCCAUCUAGUCUAGCCUCAGCACUGACUCAAGAAAGUUCCCAUCUCAAAGUUGCAAGAUGACGGAUGAGCCUAUCAAGGAGAUCCUGGGGGGCUCCAAAUGUCCUCAGUGUGCGACGCUGGAGAAAAUAAACAACAAUGACUGCCGGGUCACCACUGUCCCUUUGGUGAGUGAAUGCCAGCUGACAGCCACCACGGGAGGAGCUGAACUCUCCUGCUACCGUUGCACUGUCCCAUUUGGGGUGGUGAUCCUUAUUGCUGGAGUGGUGGUCACCGCCGUGGCAUACAGCUUCAACUCCCAUGGAUCCAUCAUCUCUGUGCUGGGGUUGUUCCUAUUGUCGUCCGGACUCCUUUUGCUGGCCUCGAGUGCACUGUGUUGGAAAAUCAGACAACGGAACAAGAAGGGAAAGAGGCGGGAGAGCCAGACGGCUCUAGUAGCAAAUCAGAGGAACCUCUUUGCUUAAAAACUGCAAGUGAAAAGAAAAGAGCAGAGGAUUGUUUGAUAAACACAUCUAUUUAUUUGCAGUUGGGUUGUAGGAUCACUGAGUAAUGGCUGAAAUGGAUUACAAAUGAGAUCUAAUAAGACUGUGGGAAGUUCAGGCAUCACCGUUACCUAUUUU